AUGGCUUCUGCUGCAGUCUGUGGUACCAAAAGAUCAUACUUCUUCGAAGACGAAAUCUCCUCCAUCCCGCUUCUAAAACGUAUCCGCUGCACCUCUCCGCCUGGCAUCCGGCCACCACAACCACCUCCAAAAGAAAACCCAGUUCCCAAAAAUCCUGUUCCUGCUAGUGGUGAACAAUGGGUGGACCUGCUAGUGAAAGAGAUGACGAGCGCAACAAGCGUGGACGACGCAAAAUCACGCGCAGGGAGAGUUCUUGAGAUGCUGCAGAAAGUUAUUAGCGAUCAGGUGACCGAAGAGGCGGCGAAGGGUUUUGAAACAGAGAAUUAUGCGUUGAAGGAAAGGUUUGAAGCUUUGUGCCACGAGAAUGGAGUGCUGAAGCGCGCUGUGGUGAUACAGCAUGAGAUGCUGAAGGAAGGGGAAGGGAAGGAGAAAGAAUUGAAGCAGUUCAAGGAGAUGGUCGAACAUUAUCAGGAGAAGGUUCGGAUGCUUGAAGUUAAUAAUUAUGCUUUGUCAGUGCAUUUGAAUCAGGCUUUGCAGGGAAAUUCUCUUGGUGGACGUUGUAAUCCCGAUGUGUACUAA